AUGUCUCAGUGGACAAAGGGAAAAUCCAAGCAGCGGGGGCCGCCGCCGGCCCUUUUUGCCAGCUCCUCACCAGCUUCAUCCAGCCUCUCGCUUGCAGGUGGAGACACCGGAAGCGGUGCUGUUGGAGGGACAGCCGGGCAGGGCCAGCCGACCAAUGCCGGGACUGGUAGUGGGCUCGGCUUGGGUGCUGCCGGUGUAUCACCUGGCGGAACCGCGGCCGCUACAUCCCGCAUGCCGUCUCUGCCUACGCUACAACGCACGACAUCGCGACUUAGACAAGAGGUCAGCAACGGAGGUGGCGGCCUGAGCACUUCGGGCGGCCCGCCCCCCGCAUUGUCGGCAAACUCUUCGACCGUACACAGCCAGGGUGCCAGUCAGGGAUCCUUGCUUGUGGGUGGCACUGGAGGCUCGGCCGUGGCAACUCAGGCGAGUGGUGCGUACGCUGCGUCUGGAGGUUCCGCCACCAAAGCUCGUGCACCCGCGACAGCGUUUUCUCUUCCUCUCCCUCUACGCCAUGCUUCCUCGACACGAGCCACCGAUAGGACGGACGCUCUCUGGGCUGAGAUGCAGGCGACGCUUGAGGAGGUGGAGCUGUCGGCGUCCGAAGGUACGCGCGUGUUCGGCCCCGACCACGACCAAAAAUUGGUGGCACUACGCCAAGCACAGAUUGCACUGGCCCAAGCCUGGGCUCAAAACGAAGCGGACGAGACCGGCGGUAUCGGCGGCGAGGGUAUGCUGGGAGAGGGCGAGCUCUCAGCGCACAACCUGCUCAAGGCUGCAACAACAACGGCGACGAGCAUGUCGGGCGGUGGUGCUGGAGGAAAGGACGACGAGGUGUCUGCCGGCGGCGGGCUCAAAGGGGAUGGUAGCGCCGCCACACACUCGAGAGACAACGUCGAGCGCGUUGCAAACCGCCCAUUGGAAGAAGAAACGCAAGUAGAUAUCUUGCUAGCCCGCAAGCGGCGUGAGGCGAACGACCGCUACUUUCAACGUGUAAACCAGGGUGUGUUGGAUGUCGUCGCGAAGCUGGAGGACGUGGCCGACGCAAUGCGGGCUGUCGAGCAGGAGAGCAUGGACAUAUGGGGUGGGGAGAAUGACAGUGAGCAGCAGGAGAGCAUUGCGUCAUGA